UUUCUCUCCCUAAAAAGAAGAAGAGGAAGCUUCCUGGAAGUUGCCAAUGGCUCCUUCAACACUCCCCUCAUCAUUUAAUCCCCCCACUACCUUCCUCCCUCCUUCCAUCUCCAAUGCUAUCCCCUCUCUCUCUUCCCUCCACCACCAUACCCACCCUUCUCUUUCCCUAGGAUCCUGUCUUUCUUCCCCUCUCUUAUCGCGAAGCCAUGAGACUCGUGAAGGUUAGCUCCAUCAAGGCCCUGAGUUUCAGUCCCAAGCGCCUCUUCUGCUCCAAGAAGGGCCGCAUCGCCGGCUCCAGAUCCGAUCCCUCCUCCUUCAGCUACGGCUCUUCCUCCUCCUCAGCUUCCUCAUCUGAUGCCUCCGUCCACCGGAAGGGCGGUGACUCCUGCACACCAACCAGCGUCCUCCCAGGGACCUCCGGCGACUGGUCCGACUCCAACCUCGAGCCCCUCCAGGCUGUCAAGUACAUCGGCCACGGCUCCGUCUCGAUGAAGCAGCUCGAGGCCCUGCUCAGAAGGCUGGGGGACGAGCCCCCGAGCCGAGACGAGGUUGCCCUGAUGCUGAGGGCGAUGGGGUGCCCGGCCGACGACGACGGCGCGUGCGUGAGCGUGGACGCACUGCUGAGCAGGGUGGGGUGCGGGGAGACUGCCGCCUGCGACCCGGCGGAGCUGAGGGAGACUUUCGAGUUCUUCGACGAGGACCACGACGGGAGGAUCACGGCGGAUGAGCUGCUGCGGGUGUUCACGGCGCUGGGGGACGAGGGGUGUACGUUAGAGGACUGCCAGCGCAUGAUAGCGGAGGUGGACAAGAACAGGGACGGGUUCGUCUGCUUCGAGGACUUUGCUCAGAUGAUGGAGCUGCAGAGAUGAUCGAGUUCGCGAUCUCGAUCAUGAUCUUCUUCUGUCAAUGUUCUUCUUUUCUUCGUUCCGAUUAUGGUGAUGAUGGUGUGUGUGAUUAUGUGAAGAAAUCGACGCUCCUGAUGAACCGUUGCUGCUGUAUCUUAGUAAAACCUUUCUCAGGGUUAAUGUUGGAAUUUGGGUAAUAGUUGGAUGUUAAAAGAGGGAACUGAGAAAUGUGGAAAGAGUGGAGUAAAGAUCAUAUGAAGAUCCAUCUCAUCUGUUUUUGAUAAUUUCCGUUGCCGUACGUACAUAAAUGAGAAAUCCUCUAAAUCUGGUUUGUUUUGUGUA